GCCUGGCAGCCUGGGAGCUCUGAUCAGGCAGGGCUGCAGUCUGGUCACUUUUGUGUUCCCACUUCCUGGCACACAGAGGAGCCUGGCAGAGCUGGUGGUUGGCUGUGCCCCGCCUCCUCCCACUGCUCUGCCCAUUGAAUGAGUCACAGGCCAGCACACACCUGAGCCCUCACUGGCUACCCGUCCAGGCCAGUCCCUGUCUGGUGAGGUCACACAUGUCCAUCCUCCCAGGGAUCCUGUAGGGCCCGACUGCCCCCACCCUCUGACAGGCAGACUGCCCAUUCCCAAGGCUGCACUGGAUGUGGCCUGGGCUCUGGGCCCCGCAGGAGGAGGCGCAGGCCCCCUUGUGAGUAGCAGCCCAGCCAGGGAGCUGGUGGCAGGACACCCUUGUCUGCAUGCUGAGGAAGAUGGGGGAGGCCGUGGCCAGAGUUGCACGGAAGGUCAAUGAGACGGUGGAGAGCGGCUCCGACACUCUGGACCUGGCCGAGUGCAAGCUGGUUUCCUUCCCCAUCGGCAUCUACAAAGUCUUGCGGAAUGUCUCCGACCAGAUACACCUCAUCAUACUGGCCAACAAUGAGCUCAAGUCCCUCACCAGCAAGUUUAUGACCACGUUCAGUCAGCUCCAAGAGCUCCACCUGGAAGGGAACUUCCUGCACCGCCUCCCCAAUGAGGUCAGUGCCCUGCAGCACCUCAAGACCAUUGACCUGUCCCGGAACCAGUUCCAAGACUUCCCCGAGCAGCUCACCACCCUGCCGGCACUGGAGACCAUCAACCUGGAGGAGAACGAGAUCGCGGAUGUGCCUGUGGAGAAGUUGGCUGCCAUGCCAGCCUUGCGUAGCAUCAACCUCCGCUUCAACCCGCUGAACGCUGAGGUGCGCGUGAUCGCCCCACCACUCAUCAAGUUUGACAUGCUCAUGUCUCCGGAGGGCGCGCAGGCCCUCCCACCUUAGGCCACUCUCCUCAUGCCCACCCAGCAAGGGACAGAGGCCACUUGGCCUAGC